ACCGUCUCAGAUCAAACUAAAACGGAGAAAGAUCUGUUUUUGUUUAUUGAUCUGUAGAAAGAGAUGACGAGUGGUGGUGUUGAAUACGAUAAAAACAGAUCAGUGGUGACGGAUCAUCAACAUCACCAAAACCAGCCUCCUCCUCCUCCUUCGUUUCAAGGUGUCCCUAACUAUCCACCUCCGCCGCAGCAGCAGCAGCCUCCGGCCACCGGUUAUCCUCAGCCGGCUCAGCCCUACGUCGCCGGUUAUGCUGUUGCUGCACCAGAACACCGCCGUCUUCCUUGUUGCGGUAUAGGCGUUGGCUGGGUAUUAUUCAUCCUUGGUUUCUUCUUCGGUGCGAUCCCCUGGUACAUCGGAUUCUUCCUUCUAUUAUUCUCUAGAAAUCCUCGUGAGAGACCAGGAUAUAUAGCUUGCGCAGUUGCCGCUGUUAUUGCUACCAUUAUCAUCGUCGUUGGAGUCGUAAGAGGAUCAGGGGUCUGGUCCUGAAGUGAAGAUGUCAACACUCUGAAUCCAGUAUAGACUGGUUAGGCCGUUGAGAUAUUGUUUCAGAAGAAGAUCGUAAAUGUUUGUUUACUUUAAGAGGCCAAUGUUUAUUGAGUCUCUAGAUUGAUUACAAAGCAUUGUAUAUGUUACUUUAAAAAGAUGUUCUUCUGAAAGCAUACUAAUGUUUGUAUUACUGAAAAAAAAUUAUAUAAAAAUUUUGCAUUUGU